GUAUAAACUCGAGGGCUCAGGGGAGGUCGCAUCCCUGACCGUGGUCUCCUUUGGAGCAGAGAGGACGCUGAGGCCACUAUGGAGCACAAGGCUAUCUGCGCCCUGGUCCUGGUCUCGCUGGCCCUCAGCACGCUGGCUGAGGGCCCGACAGAGACAUGCUCCAUGCUCCCCCGGGAGCGAGUGAAUUGUGGCUUCCCUGGUGUCACGGCCUCCGAGUGUCAAAAUAAGGGCUGCUGUUUUGACAGCAGCGUCCCCGGGUUCCCAUGGUGCUUCACCCCUAAGACCAUUGACAACCCCCCCGAAGAGGAGUGUUUGUUUUAGACCCUCUUGCCAGGGCAUCUGCCUGCCUGGCGACUGUCACAGCCCUGUCACGGUGGUCCCUGGAGCUCGGCCACCUCCCACCAGACACGAGGACACCCUCCUGGACCCACGGCCCUCGGCUCACAGCAUGGUUCUACUGUUCUGAGUUUUAGUACUCACAAUUGGCCUAACAAUUAAAAAAGAUGAAUAUAA